UACAUACCAACGUACCUAUCUUUCAUUACUGCGUGUACAGACCAACAGCAUAGCAUCUCCGCGCCGCUGAUUGGUGAAGGGUCGGCCGGCCGAUCAUCCGUUGGUCGCGCUCCUCGUUCGGCGUCCCAUCUUUCGACUCAUUGGACAGACGGCCGCUGCCUUGCAGGCUGUUCUAAAUGCGACCCAAUUGUUUCAGGCUUGUCUGAUUGCGCAAACCCUCCCAUCAUGCAGAAGUCAAGAGCACACGUCGCGGAGGCCCCAGUCACAGCGACCACGGGCCCAUCGACACAAUGCAACAAAAGGCGCCCAUCGUCCCGCCAGUCAACAACAGCCGCAAUAGUCUCUGAGACCGCACGACAGCGAGCUGACCAGGCGCCCUGCACUUCCCCCCAAUUGCAACCCGGCCAACAGCCUCCUCACGAAAUGCCAGCCCCGGAUGCUGCUGAAGACGUCCGUCUCACUCGGACCGGCCGAAUCAGCAAAGCUAGCAAAGGCCGACGCGUCCAUACGUGUGAAUGUGGAAAGACGUACACUCGCAAUGAGCAUUUAAGCCGACAUCAACAGAGUCACAAGCCAGACGCAUUCCCGUGUGGCAUCGCAGAUUGUAAGCGGUCGUUCAACCGAGAGGACCUUCUUGACAGGCACAAAGUGCGACAGCAUGGGGUUCCGUCUUCCAUCAGUGAUGCGCAUUCGUCGCCGAGCAUACAACAGCCUCUCCCUACGAGUGAAGGUGGAUGUCAGUCCACGAUGGCGGCACCUGCUGUGCAGCCAUCCUUUGACGAACCCUCGUCGGAACACAUGCUGGUCCCAGCAGCAUCUCAACCAUCACAUGCUUUUGAACAGUCGCAAUUUGAUUCGAGGUACGAUAAACUGCGAUGAGAAGCUCUUUCUCCCCCUCCAGCUCCUGGACGGUUGAACGCUCCUUGGGUGGCAGAGCGCAU